AUGUCUGAUCAGUCCAAGCAGCCUGAGUCUUCUACCAAUAACCCUUCCCAAGAAGGAGAGAACAACAACCCUACUUCUUCCCCUUCCUCCCCUCAACAAGAGAACCCUCCUACUGGUGAUCAGGAAGAACAAGAACAGAAGCCUGAGGAUAACACCAACACCGACAACGACAAUAACGACACAGAAGACAAGACCAAAGAAGAGGACAAAGAAGAAGACCCUCAACCUAAACAAGAACCUCAAGAAGAACAAGAACAAGACACCCAACCCAAACAAGAAGACCAAGAAGAAGAAAACACCAAACCCCCAAACAAGAACCCCAAUCCUCCGACUCCGAACCAGAACCAGAACCAGAACAACGCGCCCCCCAACCCAACCAAGACCAAACUCCGCCAAAGAGACGAAUACUCCGACAUGGAUAACAACAACCAACAAGUAGAUCGCCCCCGCCGCCAGCGCCGCCAGCGCCCCCAACAGCAACAAGGCCAGGACGGCGGACCCCUGGGCGGCCUCCCCGGCGUGGGCCAAGCCGGUGAUCUCGUCCAAAACACAGCAGGCAACGCACUGAACGGAGUAACAGGCAGUGCGGGCAAAGCUGUGGGCGGGAUCCUCGGUGGAGGCGGCGGCGGGGAAGAAAAGGAAGGCAAGGAUGAGCAGUUGAGGUUGAGACUUGAUCUCAAUCUGGAUAUUGAGGUGCAGUUGAAGGCUAAGAUUCAUGGUGAUCUUACCCUUGGGUUGUUGUAUGUUUAUCCCCCUUCUUCUCCCCCAUUUUUCCUUCCUUCCCCUUUGAUGCCAUGCCCCUGGGUUGCAACUUGA